ACCUCUAAUGGAGAAUUUCAACUCCUUUUAGGUUCAUGGUCUUUGCAAAGAACAACUAGCAGCUAGGGAGGUAGAAGUUAUUGACAUUGCUUCAUCAGCAAGGGACUGUUGGAGUUACAUAAUUGGAACUAGCAAUGUAAAUCUGUCCAAAUUCAAAUCAGAAAAGACUGGUCGUGGUCCACUCUCACAGGGAUGGCAGGAUCAGCAUAAUCCAGUUAUGACGGCGUACAAGCUGGUGAUAAUAGAUGCUCCAUAUUGGGGCUUUGGUAAUAGACUUGAACAAACUCUGCUUGCGGGUGAAAGGGCACUUUUUCUUGAAAGUCACCAUAAUUGUUUCAUUUGGAUAGAUGAAUGGUUUGGGAUGACAGAGGAAGCAAUACGUGAGUUUGAACGAGGGAGCUGUUCCUUAUUGAAUGAGGCUACAUCAGGGAAAAUUCUUCAAUAUUUUGAAAUAGACCACAGAAACUUGACAUGCAAACCUGGCCACCAAGCAAGGAGGAAUCGGAUGGAAAAUGAAGAUGUUCACUUGACAGUGAGGAAAUCUACAGCAGGUCCCAAUUUGAAUAUGAGAAAUAUGGGAUUUGUUGUGCUACACCAGAAGUAAAUUAUGGUAUUUCUGGUGACACGCAUGGUGAUGAAAAUCCAUUGGAAAAGGAGAUUGUAAACUUUUACAAAAUGUCAAAUUGUUUCUGAAUAUUCAUUUGAUGUAAAAGUUUGUUAUCUCCAAAAAAAAGUAACAUUAUGAAUUAAGAAAAUAUUCGUCAUUUUAUAAUCUAAUUUCGUCAAGUUAUAAUGUAA